AGGUACACGAUACAGAAUUACUUGAUGAGAUUUAUAAUGAUUAUAUUGAGGAUAUAGGAAUCUUUUUAAAAUAUGGUUCUGUAUUAUUAAUGUGGGCGAUUAAGUCACAAGCUUCAAACGUAAUAGAUAAGAUUUAUAAUAAGUGCUUAAAGCUAUUUGAGCAAGAUUUAGUAUACAAUCAAGCGUUCUUAAGCAUUAUUAAUGAAUCUAUGCAAUUAUUGGAUAAACAUUAUCCUGAAUAUAUUGCAAGAUAUUCUUCAGAUACAAACAUGAUUUUAAUUUCUCCUAAAAUCGAACAACUUAGCACAUCUCAUCUUAAUCCAUUUUUUAAUAUUGGUAUAAUUAAUUUAACACCAUCAAUUGCAUGGACAAAAUAUACGCGUCUGGUCAAUUAUUAUAGUGAUAGAGAUUCGAAUGCUUUGCCCAACUGGGAAUAUUUGGACAAUCCACAACUUACCAUACUUAUAGUUUUAUUUUCUUUAUUAAUUGUCGUGUACCUCAUGAACUUGUUGAUUGGAUUACUCAGUAAUGCUAUUGACGAGGAUAAUAAUAGAGUUUCAUAUUUAGUUCAAAAGGCGAAGUUUAAUUGUAUUAUUUUUACUAGGCAUUAUCACGCCGCAGUUAAAGAGACACGUAGAGAAAUACAAAAAUUAAAGAAAGAAGGAGAAUGGAGUACUGAUAAAUUUUCAAUUAUUAAAGAAGAUUUAUUAAAGAUGUUAA